UACCGUCAACACUGGCUAAUUUGGCUGCGGACUGCUGGAAACACGUUUUGUUAGUGAAAUACAUUACGUAUUUUUCCGCAAUGGCGUUACCUUUCCUACCCGGAAAUUCUCCAAAUAUACACUUGCUGAAGGAGAAAUUCCACAAAUCCCAACAUUUUGACUACUCCAAUGGGGAGCCUUUGCUGGCCGGAAUAGAGAAGCCAGGCAUAGGAGGCGAGCUGUUGCCAGGACAGCGGAUCAAACCAAAAUCUUCUGUCUAUCCCACAGCGGCGACCGGUGGUUUGCCAUCAUGGGUUGCCUUUGACAAACAGGUGCUGUGUUUUGAGGCGUACUUCCAGGAAGCGGUGCCAGAAGCUCCCGAUGAGGGGGAACGAAUCCGGAGGUGUAAAAUCUACUUCUACCUGGAAGAUGAUACAAUACAAGUGGUUGAGCCAGAGUACAAAAACAGCGGAAUUCCUCAAGGGACUCUGAUUCGUCGCCAACGCAUCCCACUGCCACCACCCAGGCAGGAGCAGUUCAACAACGUUUUCCACUUUAACCUCAACCAGCAGGUGGUGCUGUUUGCCCACACGUUCACCGUCACCAACUGUGACCAGUUCACAAGGAACUUUCUCACUAAAUGUGGGGUGAUACUCAAUGACCCCGUCGCUGUGCCCGAAGACCCAUACCGUAGCCACCGGGAAAAGAUGGAGAAAAGCAUGAGUCCAUUGCGGCCGUACGAGAGGCGAGACACUCUUAAACAGUUCUUGGACCACGACCGCAAAGUCCUGCGCUUCUUCUGCUUCUGGGACGACACUCGUGCCAUGUACGGGGAUCUCCGAGAGCUUGUGUUGCACUACUUCCUGGCCGAUGACACAAUAGAGAUUAGGGAAGUCAUCCCGCCGAAUUCCGGUAGGGUCACGGCAUCGAAAUUCCUCCGUCGCAGCAAACUUCCAAAGUCUCCGCAGCAUGCUUCGAAUCAGUUGAAUCUUCCUGGAGAGGUGACCAAUCGUACUGUGCUGAAUGUGUUGGCCUCCACCAGAGAAGGAGACCGCUUCAUAUUGGACAGCCUCAAAACAGGAGCCAUCCAGGAGGAGUUUUAUAAAGAAUGUGAUUUGACAGUGGGUGGCGAGUUGAACGUGUGGGGCAGGAAAGUGAUUAUCGCCGACUGUGAUGACUUCACUAAACACUACUACCGCAGCAAGUAUGCUAUAGAGGACUUCAACCCGGUGCUGUACAAAGCUCCUGUAGCCCCCAAGCCCCCCAGGCUUGUACCUCCUUAUAAUGGCUUUGGCUCCGAAGAGGACUCACUAAGCUCCUGCCAGCGCCUGCUGCCCAAACCCCCACAAAAAGAUCUCAGAAAAUUCCUGGAAUAUGACAGAUGUGGCCUUGAAAGUAAUGUGCUCAAGUACUAUGCCAAGAUGGUAACCACCAGUCAGGUGGAUAUUGACAGGGAGUUCAUCAUCUCCUUCUACCUGAGUAACGACUCAAUCAGCGUGUUUGAGCGCUCGCAGAAGAACUCAGGUCUGCAGGGCGGCAUGUUUCUGGGACGGGGUCGCGUCAAAAAGCCAGGCCAGGAUGUGUUUAAAAGCGAGCUCUCUGAAUACUUCACCGCCCAAGAUUUGUACGUAGGGGCAAGCCUCUGCCUUAACAACAGGCUAUUCCAGCUCCUGGAUGCCGACGAGUACACCCUCAACUACUUGGAACAACAUGCUGAGCAGUUUCCCAAAGCCAAUAUUGGCAACAUCCUGGCUAAACUACGGUCAAUUCCGGAGGAGAAGCAGCGUGAAAUCAAGAACUUUCUGACCCUUAACGAUCCUACCAACAGUGGAUUUGUCAACUUUGAGUCGUUCAGGGACCUGCUGAUGGCAACGGAGUGCGGGCUGAGCGAGCAUGAGGUUUUAGUGCUUGCUCGAUCUUUCUCUGAGUACCAGCAGCCUGAAGUUGACAUUGGCCUGAUGCUGGCUGUGGCCCAGGAUGUCCUCAAGAAGAAGGACUUUGAUCAAAUCCCUGACAUGACCCAAGCCUUUGAACUCCAGGACCUCAGCAAAACAGGACGCACGUCUAUCAAAGAGGCGACGACCAUCUGCAGAACCUUCCAGCUCCCCGUCUCUGACAACCUGCUUACAUGUCUACUCCACAAGUUUGCAGACGGGGAACAGAUAGACUACCAUGCCUUCCUGGCUGGCAUCAACUGGCUGGAGCAUCCUGCCGCCCCGGUGAUGCCUGACGACAUCCUGAAAUUUGACGUGAAUCUGCGGCGUGAUGCCAGCGGAGUGAGAAACAUCAAUUACUCCUCUCUGGUGCAAAAAGUGUUCCCCGGCGUCUUCAACACGGUCGACCCGGAAAGUACGGCAUCAGCGUAGAUGAGUGCACUAAAUAACACAGGCACCCAAACGUGACGUGGGACCGUGGGGAAUUAACGUCCGAUCUGUGCGCUUUUGACAUCACACUUAUGCUUUUGAAAAGUGUGUUGACUUUAAGACAGAACCACAUUUUAAGUCAAGAAAGUUGGCUACCACGGAGGAUCCCAACUGUCGGAUCACAGCUAUGGAAUCAACAGGUACAUCAUGAGAUGCUAACAUUUAGUCCAAUGGUCAUGAGACAAUUUUAUGUGAUUUUUUGUCUCUAGUGGUUCUCAAACUCUGUGAACAAUCACAUUAGUAGUAGCCUAGUAUUUUGCCUGAAUUGUUAAUCCAUGCAUAGCUCCUUUUUGCAAAUCUGUCUGAAAAUUCUAAAUGGGAAUAGAAAUCAUCAUUAAUACAUUUCAAAUGAUUACCAAGGC